GCAGACAAAUCUCAGCUGGAAGAAACGCUGCGGGUGAACGGCAAGGGAAAGAAGAUGCGCAAGCCUCGCACCAUCUACUCUAGCCUCCAGCUUCAGCAACUCAACAGGAGGUUCCAGCGGACGCAGUACCUGGCACUCCCGGAGCGCGCCGAACUCGCAGCAUCCCUCGGUCUCACGCAGACGCAGGUAAAAAUAUGGUUCCAGAAUCGACGUUCCAAGUACAAGAAAAUGCUCAAGGCCCAGCAGCAAGGAGGAGGCGGCGGUGGCGGAAGCGGCACCCCAACUACUCCGGGCAGCGUCGGAGCCCCCCAAACCCCGAGUCAGGGUCCCCACACCCCAAACCCGGGUCCCGGCACCCCGGGUCCCCCAUCUCUGGGACCGCCCAACUCGGCGGGCACGCCACAGUCUCCCAGCGAGCCUUCGCCGGGACCGCAGAGUCCGCCGAGCCACCAUCAGCAGCAGCCGCCACCUCACCAGCAGCAGCAACAGCACCACCACCCUCACCACCAUCCUCACCACCAUCUGCCUCCUGGUGCGAGCCUGACGCCCCCCGCCAUGUCUCCCCCCCUGAACUCUUGGGACAUGACGCCCGCGGCCAAGGCGGUCGCCAUGUCGGGCUAUAUGCCGCAGUACACGUGGUACCACCAGACGGACCCUUCCAUGAACCAACAGAUCCUCACCUAGCGGAUGUGUGUGUGCGUGUGUGCGUGUGUCUUCUUGUGCGGCAAACUAAACAGUGAGGAAGGCUCGCGGACGUGGACCCAGAUGAAUGUUAUUGUUGUUUUUGGUUGUGUUUUAUUUUGAAAGUCGGUUUAGUUUAGGAGGCUUCUGUAGUGGUUCUUCGGGGCGUCUGUAAUGUCCGGAAUGCCCUGGGUACCCUCUGUGUCCGGGUGUAUUAAAUGUCUGGAUUGUGCAGGUGUCUCGGAUAGCCGGUAUGUUACGGAUGUUUUGAAUGUCCCCGACAUCAGUGACUACUUGAAUACCUCGGACAUUCGGAGUGUCCGAAAUAUCCCGGAUCCCCUGGGUGUCCAGUAAGUUAUCAGAUAUCUAGAACCUAAUGAAUGCUUCAAGUGUCACUGACGUCUUGAGCGUUCUGAACCUUUGUGGCAUUCUGACUAUCCUGAACUCCGGGGUGCUUUGAACAUUCCAAACGUCUUGGGCGUCAUUCCUCGGUGCGGCAUGCGCUCCAAACUUCCGUGCCCCUUUUCAUGAAUAUAGAAACAAAAACAGUUCAAACGGCCAAAGAACGCGUGUUUCACGUUAUACAUGGAUGUUAGGAAGAGGAGGAGGACCAUGUAAAGACGUCGGCACCACCCCAAAAAUGUCCAGCUGUCCUUUUUGUUCAGAGCAAAAGAAAGUUUGUCAAGCGAAAUUGAGGACGACACAAUCUCCAUACUUUCAAUGAAGAACUUGUCGAAUAAUCAAUAGGAACGUACUCAGCUGUACUGUCCGUUUAAGUUGAAGUUUUCUCUAGAGUGACAUGGCCAGCAUUGUCAUGCUCCUUACAGACAAGUUUCGUGUUGACUCAUACAUACCUAUACUUGAUAUUGACAUGUGCAUGCGUUUUUUUUUUCUUCUUUUUAUUACUAAGAAAAGACAGUUUACCUUUACUUUAGUAUAGUCCUCGUGUCAGGACGGUUAGCUCUGAAUGCGUAAAAAAACAACCAAAACAGACAUUACUGGGCACUUCAAGAUCUCAUGAUCUCCCAACUGCCGUUUAAUAAGUUUGUCAACAGGUGGAGUUGUAUCAGUAUCAUAAUCUUUCAAAUUGAAUUAAAUUUCCGAGAAGAAAAAAAGAAGCAAGUACCACUUCUUUUUAUGACCUGCUCCUGUCUCCGUGUCGCUUUGAAAGCCAUCAAAUCCUCGCUGCCACUUCAAGUUCUAAUGAAACCUGCAACCUCCAGCUCACUGCAUCAUUUCUUUUCUUUUUUUGCCACUGCAUGCUCGUGCUAAAAUAAUGCUCGUUUUUUUUCUUUUUUUUUUUUUUGCAGGAACAUUUUAUUAUUUGCUUAUACAUUUUUGCAGAUCUGUGUAACUUAGUGUAACAUGUGUCUUUUUUAAGUAGUCCCAUACCAUGAUAACCAACAGGCACACGUCCAACUAUUUCGAAAUUUCGUCCUGAGAGUUGCAUGAAUGAAUGCCUAAUCUUCAUAAUUUUAUUAAUUUUAUUAGGCUUCUCAAAAUAACUUUAUGGGUUUUCUAGUGACGAGUGGAGCAUUCUUUUUCAUUCAUGUCAGCGAUACAUAAGUUUUUUUUUACUUAGUUAUUCACGAGCCAUAACGUUCUAGGACAAUUUCCCUAACCGUAUCCAAGACGCACAGUAUAAAAUUUGCUCUGGUGCCGAGGGACCUUAAAUGUAAAGUUAAUCUCUCUCAAGCACCUGCCUCUCUGCAUCUUAACGAUUCUCGCUUCCUGUCUCCUUUUCUCUCUCACUCUUUCUUCUUUACAUACAUUUUUCUGCCCCUGUAACAUGAACGAUGCUUAAUUCUAUAGAGUGUUCGCCGUCAAGUUUCUGGAACGGCGUAUCACGCACACACAAAAAAAGUUUUUGUAUAAUUUUCCAAUCCUAAUAACUAGGCAACGAUUUGAACUGCCACGUAAUGGCAUUUCUUCCACUCUCCUUCACGAACAUGCGAGCCUGUCAGCCUCACAGCUUGCAUGCAGCUCCAGGCUAAAUCUUUGAAAGAUCUAUUGCUGUGACAAAGUACUCAGGAUUCCAUUGGUAGUCCUUCUUUGCUUCGACUCAGUAUUAUCUGCCCUACAAUGAGGAACAGAACACAUAACGCGACCUACAUAAGUUGCAUGCAAAAAAUACAUAUGCGGGAGCAUACGCAGUUCUAAAAAAAGACUUCGGUUGCGCGAGCACUAACGUUGGGAAGACAAUGACAAAAGUCACACGCUCGAACCUGCUCCUCCCAGUCACUGCACAUAACUCUCGAUGCAUAGUAGAGAGGAAGAUUUGUCUCUAGCAAUGCGCAUGGUUAUUAUUCUCUUCGUCACGUGCCAGACACCUUGGCAACGAUGUUUAAAAAGUGUUCAGGCCGGCGCGCCAUGGCGUUGUCUGCUAGCUUUGCCUUCCUCAAAUUCGAGAGGCUAUGGCGUCGUCUGAUGACUUAAUCUUCCUUUCGUUUGAAAAAAAACUCGCAGGUUGUCAGAAGAGUGCAGACAAAACCCUCGGUUAAGUUCUAUAAAGCUCUGAACGUUUCUGACAUUAGUGCAGAGAGUACACACCUCCCCUGUCAUGGGCGUUACCUUUCAGCGUCUGAUGUCGCGACGUCAUACCCGCAGAAGCCUCCCAUUGGUGGAACCGCAGAGAGUGCCGCUUUCCGACUGUUUGAUUGUUACGUUGAAAUUAUUAUUUAAUAGACACGGGACUCGUAGAAGGAAACAGAAGAGGGAAGAAAACGGAGGAGUCUGUAUUGCGUGUUUUUUGUUUGUUUGUUUGUUUGCUUGCUUUGUUUUUGUAAAAGAUGUAAAUAGGUAUACAAACAAUUGUCUAAGGAAGGAUAUUCAUCACCCAGCGGUCAUAUGUACAUGGCGAUCAACACAUGGAGAGCAGAUAAUAAUGCGCGCCUUUGUAACGGCUAGAGCCACUAAGUGUUCCCAGGGUGGCCGGCUCUGUCUGAAAAAAAUAAAUAAAAUAAAAUCUCCUCAAUAAUUGGUUUGGAGUGUUCAACUUCAAAGUAAUUAAAUGCAUCUCAGUGAACACGUAAGACGAGGUGAGACGCUGUAUUUAGCGGUUCUGCAAGUUUACUCUAAGUGGGACCUUUCUUUAGGCCACUGAUUCAUCGCAAUUAAUGCCAAUAUUAUGAAUCGAUUAGUGCAGCGUCAUCUUCCAUAGCCUCCACGGUGCAAAUAAGCGAAACUUUUGUUUAGAUUUGACUGUGAGGGCUACGGAUGUCUCAGCACUAUUAAAUGAGAACUUGCGUUGAUGUAUUUUCACUGCGGCGUAUUGCUGCCACCCACAAGAUGGCCACGCGUUUAUAAUGAUGACGUCAUUUUGAACCUGCACUUGCGGCGCCAUCUAUCGUUCUUGCGGGAAAAUAGAGCGAGGUUAGGCAAACUUUGGGAACAUUCGGUGGUUCUAGUUGUUCGUGAGUGUGGUGAACGCAGUUGGGAGCCGUGGGCUCCACGUGGCGCGAUAAAACAUUCCAGAGCCUUUUUUUUUCAUGCUCGCGCACGCGCUGUCGCGUGCAGGGAUGGUGUACAUGUGCAGAAAGCGGGUGUGUUUGUGUGCGGAACAUGUGGACGUUCCACACGAUGCGCAAGUGGCGUGCCUGUUGGCUGGCCGUGUGUAUAAUAUUUUGGGAAAAUGUUCUCGAAAAAUAAAUGUCGAUCGGUUGUACAUAAGAAAA